CACGUCUAUUACAACCAUCGACCGGUUUCAAUCAGUAUUGGAAAUCAAUCCCUGAGAUAGUCCCAGCAGUGCGAUCUGGCGAUACGAUACAGAAUCAUUCCUUCUAACACGAAAAGACAGUGUGUGCCCUAGAUCAAAAUGGUAAGUCGUACAGAGCCAAUUCACAAUUAUCAUUUUAUUCAUUUGUUUUUGAUGUUAUUGUUUUUUUCUUCUUUUGGUGUUUAGUGUUUAUUACCCUAUUUUUUUGUAAACACACUUAGAGGAAGAUAUGCGAAAAUACAUUGCUAUGUUGGUAACUCUCGGAAAGGAGACGUAGCUUGUGGUGUUAGUUGCCACAUAGUAAAACAACGAAUCGCCGUGAAGAUAUUAUACCCGACUGAAGCCCGACUCCUUAAACACGGGGACCUGCCAAGCCACGCGCUUCGAAGUCGAUAAGUUGAGCACCACUCCGAGCCAAUGACGUGAUCGAGAUAAGCUUUAUUACAAGGGGGUGGAUUUGAGGAAGCUAGAACGCCACUCGGACACGCGCCUCCAUUAAGUGUUUCGAGAUAAUAGAACUCAAAAGGGGAAAUCGGUUUUUGUUUUUUUGUUGUUGUUUUUUUAAGCUUCACUUUUAGUGAUCAUUACUGCCCCCCUGUAGUUUGUGCAUCAUAUCGCUUGUGUAUUUUUCGUACAUCUGUUAUCUGUGUACUCCUGAUGCUUGUGUACACCCGUCUAUUGUGAACUCGGUCACACGUGAUCGAUUUUCUAAUGUGAAAUCAUGUUUGCGCGUGCCUGUCCUUUGUCGGUUGUGUACAAAUUCCUCGUCAAUUGCGUUUGAUGUCAUUUGUACAAAUUUUACUCUGUUUUACACAUGUACAAAUUUUACUCUGUACACCUGUGUUUCGUUCAGCCCUGAUAUUUGUGUACCUCGGUCUUUUGUGUACAUCUGUCGUUUAUGUAAUAUGUCAUUUGUUUACAUCUGUCAUUUAUGUAUAUCUGUCAUUUGUUUACAUCUGUCAUUUAUGUAUAUCUGUCAUUUGUUUACAUCUGUCAUUUAUGUAUAUCUGUCAUUUGUUUACAUCUGUCAUUUGUGUACGGCUCUCAUAUCAUUUAUGUACAUAUGUCAUGUGUGUACAUCUUUGAUAGGUGUACAUCUGACAUUUGUGUACAUCUGUCAUGUGUGUACAUCCCUCUUAUUUGUGAACUCCUGACAUUAGUGUAUACAUCCUCUUUCUGUGCCUCGUCAGUUGAAACCGCUCUGCCGUAGUCGUGUUCCAUAAAACACUUAUAAAUUUAACAUUGAUCUUUGUGAAAACUUUUUUAUAUGUGUGUCCCUCAUGUCUCUAUGUUUCUGUAGCAUAUGUGUGUUCAUCGUGUCUCUAUGUUUCUAUCUCAAUGGAUGUCCUUCAUGUCUCUAUGUUUCUGUAAAAAAAUUGCAAAACUUCCAUAAAUUUACAAACAGUCCAUACAAAUUUGUCCUAAAAUGACUUGACUGUAAGUGACCGAAAUAAUUUUAGGCUGUCCGUAAGAGGACGAGACAUUGUACAAGCGAAAAGAAGCGGCUCAUCUCGAUGUUUGUGAUUUCUUCUUACUGGCUUUAAUACUUUUAUGAUCGUACAAAAUGAGUUAUCAAACUCGAAUGAUACAUAAUGAAUUAUGUUAUUAAAUAGGCUUAAGCCUUGUUGUCAAAUGACAAAGAGUCAUAGGCCCUACUAUAGGACCAACUACAUGCCCUACUAUAGGUCCAACUACAGGCCCUAUUACAGGCCCUACUACAGGCCCUACUACAGGCCAAACUACAGGCCAAACUACAGGCCAUACUACAGGCCCUACUACUACAGACCCUACUACAGACCCUACUACUACUGGUCCUACUACAGGCCCUACUACAGGCCAAACUACAGGCCAAACUACAGGCCAUACUACAGGCCUUACUACUACAGGCCCUACUACAGGCCCUACUACAGGCCCUACUACAGGCCCUACUACAGGCCCUACUACAGGCCCUACUACAGGCCCUACUACAGGCCCUACUACUACAGACCCUACUACUACAGACCCUACUACAGACCCUACUACAGACCCUACUACUACUGGCCCUACUACAGGCCCUAUUACACAGUAGUUUGCCAAAGAAACUGUGACAUUUAAUUAUUUAUUUUUUGAGCUUAUUAAUUUAUUUAUUUAAAACGUGUCCGUAAAAAAUGUGCAGAUUUAGAAAAUGUCUCGGCAAAUUCUAUUAUUUGAGUUGGCGCCCCUGUUCGGUUGCCUCCGCUUGGACGAAAAACAGGGCGUUUCCCAUUAAUGUUAACGGCUUGACUGAACUAAUCGACGAUCCAUAGCAGGUGGUUCUUUACCUAUAGUGCCUAUAGAUAGUCGAUGUACUGCUGACUUAAAUGAGCGAUCAAGAUCGCAGGCCUACUUUACCUAUAUAUAGUCGACGUACUGCUUGACUCAAAUGAGGGAUCAAGGUAGCACUUCAAACGAUAAACUAAGUCAGGGACUCAACGAAAUAAGAUCUAAUAGAAAUGCAUUUUGACACCUCCCCAGUACGUGGUUAAACGAAAUCUAUAUUAACGUUAUUGUAAUAAUGAAACUAGAAUGCUGCUUCUUGCAAAAUGAAGUCUUCUUUUAUUCUCGGUUAGGAAGAGGAAGGCAAACAUUUUGCUGGACCCAAUUUGCUGAAACAUAUCCAUAAAUACAUUGCACCUACUUACUUAUAUUCAUAUAUAGCAAACCAUGCACACCACUUACCGAUACACCAUUGUACACUGGCCAUUGGGGUGUGGGGUGUUAUUAAUGAAACACCUUCAACCAGGACGAGGUUACAACCCGCGGCUUCUGUUUGGGAAAAUUGGGUUGAAAUAGGCUUCAAGGGCAACGUGCUAUUUAAAAAAAAAAAACAACUCAACAUGGAGCUCGACUAAAUCUAAACACGGUCAUUCACACAAUCUUUCAUCCAGUGAUCGAAUCCAAAGGCUUACAGUCCGCAGGUUUUAAGUAACACGGAUGUCUCCCGAAUCUGUCGUGCGUGGGUGUAUUUGGAUCAUAAAUCGAUUUCAAGCGCCUAUGCAAUAUUAUGGCUCAUAUAUGCGGCAUAAUCUCCAUCAAUGUAAUUGCUCCAUCAACUAUGUGUUACUCGUGACAGAACAAUUUCAUUUUUUUUUUUUUUUUUAAUUAUUGAGAAAACCUGCAACUUCUAUAUUAUGUCGAUCUAAAACUGACGACAGACGAAAUAUUCAUUAGACUUUACUACCGUACUUCGCUUUAAUGUUUUCCAAGCAAUUAAUUUUGACUAAUCGACCCUUGCUUGUGUACGUGGUACCUCCUACUUACUAAAUGAUCACGUGACCUACUGUAAGUGCCAACAUUAAUGCUGUUGUUUUCUUUUUUUUUCAGCCACAGUUAACACAAGAACAAGUGGAUGGUGAGUUAUCAGAAACUAUGUGAGGCUAAAACACAGAGAGAGAGAGAGAGAGAGAGAGAGAGAGAGAGAGAGAGAGAGGGAGAGAGAGAGAGAGAGAGAGAGAGAGGGGGAGAGAGAGAGAGAGAUAUAUAAAUAGUAGACGAGUUCUUGUGGGGGGGGGGGGGGGAGGGGGGUGUUUUUUAAUAAAAAAAAAAAAAGUCCCUCAUGAAUUUUUUACAUUUACUUGAAAUAAUAAUAAAAUAUAUAUUAAAUUUCAGCGCUAUUCUUGGAUGAAUGACCGCUAGUUACAGUAACUUUAUGCAUCACGGGUACUUAAAAAUCAGGAAUGAUUCCUCUUUACGCGUUAUUGGCCUAUGUUGUGAUCUGACUUUUAUUGGUGGUAGGCCUACCGGAUAACAAAAAUAGACUAUUAAUUCCACCCGAGACCUUGCACAUGAAAGUGGCAUUCAUUAUCUUCUAGUUCAGUAAAAAAAAAUUGAAGAAGAAAGUCCGAACAUUGUAUUUCAAAGAGGGACUAGGAAAUAAUUUCUGAAGAGCACACAUGCGAUGCACAUGUAGUUAUUUAACGCUCCCAGUUGAAUUCAGCAGCAGCUUAUAAAAUAGAAUUUUGGGAGUUCCUUUAACCUUAAAACAUUGUACGUGCAAUGGCGUACCUUGGCGUUGUGAAGGGCCGAACGUUUAGGGUUUAUACAUAAGACAUAGAAAAUAAUGAUGUGUAUGUGCUUGCUAAGGGCAACAUUUCGCCAAGUUACGCCUCUGAGUGUGUGUACUCAGCGGCGUAGCUGGUGGGUUAGGGCCGGCCGAGGCGGGCCAAGAUUUUCGCCGAAAAGUGACCGAAAAUGCAGUCCCUAAAUAUAAGGGUAAAAAACGGUGCCUCCAGGAACGGACCACCACACACCCCUUGCACCCACAUUCCUUCGCCGCCGUGUACACUUCUUAUUUUCCUGAGGUUAGAGCGCUAAACCUUAUUUGACCCCCCCCCCCCUCCCUAAAUGUGAAAUUUAAGUCCAGCUACCGACGUUUUUGAGAAAAUGAUCUAUGAAGGUGGCUCCAAAUUACAGCGCUCCGCCCCACGCCCUGUGCCAGGUCUAUACUUUGUUUAAAGAUCUGAUAUUUCCGACGGUGCUGCACCGGUAUUUGGAGGUUUGUAAGCAGUAGCGUAGCAAGGGUUUAUGCUGCCCGGGGGCGGGGGCCAAGAUUUUAGCCUCCCCUUUCUACGAAAACAACUCUCCAAUUGGCCAAUGGGGCAGCCCCCCCAUAUAAAGAAAAAAAAUGCCGCCCUGGGCGGACCCCCCCCCCCCCUUACGCACUUCCCUUCCCAGCCACUGUUUCUAAGAACGAUUUUAUUAUUAUUAUGACGCACUGAUAUUUUGCUUCCUUACACAAACGAAAUGUCCAGGCUUUCGAUAUUGUCUGUUUCCAACAUGUAUUAUGUUUCCCCGACAGUUUUAAUUGGGCACCGGCCAGACUUUUACUGCGUCACAUACCGCUUUUGCCAUCGCUACAGCGCCUCCCAACAAUGCGCGUCACGUGUCAUGAAAAAAAAACAUGGCCUAUAGAGCCUAGGCCUGCCAACAACGAGACAAUUAAUCUUGUGUUAUGGUAAUAUCAGGUCAUUGACAAGGAAAGCCGUAUUCAGUAACCAGUCGAGGCUCCGUAGUAGGAACUGCUUGAUGUGAAGAUUGGGGUGGUGACUUCAGUUGAUCGUUGGGUUCCCAAACUGAAUGGACUUGAUUCAUUUUAAAUUUAUUCUCUUAAUAAACUCAUUCUAUGCAUUAAAUUUCUUUUAUUGUUUACUAAAGCCCGACUAAGUUGCGCAUCUAGCAAGAAACAGUUUAAAUAUAUAAACUUUUAAAAAAAAUAUAUUUAAAAGGCAAAACUGUACGAUAUAAUAUUUUUCAAUCCAUUGAAUGCAUAUUUUUUUAAAAUCACAGGCCAAAUACUAUAUAACGGUAUUUCUUGUCCUGAUUUCACAGAAACUCUUAUCUGUAUGUAAUUGUAAUCAGCCAAAUCUCUUUAAAUGUAAUCAGCCAAAUUUCUUUAAUUGUUAGCAGCCAAAUUCCUUUAAUUGUAAUCAGCCAAAUCUCUUUAAUUGUAAUACGCCAAAUUUCUAAUUGUUAUCAGCCGAAUUUCUUUAAUUGGAAUCAGUCGAGUUACUCCCUUUACAUUCCUUAAUUUAAAUUUACCCCCCCCCCCCUCUCCCCCCCCCAAGGAUUUUUUUUUGAAAAGAAAAGAUCAAAAGAAUUUAAAAAAAAAAAAAGAAAUUUCAACAAUGAAUAUCGGGUUUAAUUUGAUCAAGGAAGGCGCCAUUGAUUUCUUAAAAUUCAAUAGGACGUUGUCUUCGGAGCCAAUAAUCAAUGAGUCUGUUGGUAGCAACACAGGGCAGAGGCAGGCAACAAGUUGGUCUUGGCUGGUAGAAUCCUUAGGCCCUGCUUCCACCGGUUCCGUAUUUCGGUCUCGUACGUCUGUCUAGCAUUCUGGUGAAAUACGAAGCGUUAAAAAAACAAUUGAGGACAAAAAAGAUCUGAGACAGUGGGCAAUGAAAUCUACAGGGGGGAAAUCACACGGGAGAUGCAAUGAUCGUUUACUUUGACACUGCGCCUUGAACCAACACGAUGAGCUUAUAGAAUUUAAUUAUAUACGCAGUUGGGCAGAGGCUUAGCGUAGAUAUCAGCGCCCGGAGAAGAUUAAUCAUUGAUCCCCUGAUACAACUCCCUGUGUUUCUUCUACCAAUCUACUGUUGAGCCCCUUACCACCAAAGCGUAUGAUUUUUUUUUCAAGAUGUUAGAUAUAGACCAACCCUUAGAAAUGACAGAAAUUGUAAUGUGUACCUACUAACCAACCCUUAAAGUCGACGGACGUUGUAAUAUCUACCUACAAACAAGUUUCCCUUUAAGCUGCGCGGCCGCGCAGCUAACUCACAGACGACGCGCAGCAGUUUUGAGUAUCCGCUCAGCAAAGUUCCAUGUAAGAGUGUGUUUUGUUUGUGGCAUGUAAAAUUUUGCACACAAAAAAAUUGAUGCUGUAAAACUUUGCACACAAUUAUUUGAAUGAUUUUGCACACGAACCAGCAAACCUUAUAGGGAACAUUGCCUACAAACCAACCCUUAAAAUGACAGGCGUUGUAAUGUGUACCAACUAACCAACCCUUAAAAUGACAGGCGUUGUAAUGUGUACCAACUAACCAACCCUUAAAAUGACAGGCGUUGUAAUGUGUACCUACUAACCUACCCUUAAAAUGACAGGCAUACAAAAACGUAUACUCAACUCCACAGAGGCCAGAGAAUGUUUCCGCAUGUAUGACAAAAAUGGAGAUGGCAGCAUCACAGAGGGGGAGUUGACCACUGUCCUGAGGGCGAUGGGCCAGAACCCGACCAAGGCUGAAGUCCAGAAGAUGAUCAGCCAACGGGACGACGACAGUAAGUAAAGAAAGUAGUGUUAGCUAUUUACAGUGAGUACAUCCAAUUGUGUUAGCCAUUUACAGUGAGUACAUCCAAUAGUGGUAGCUAUUUACAGUAAUACAUCCAAUAGUGUUAGCCAUUUACAGUGAGUACAUCCAAUAGUGUUAGCCAUUUACAGUAAGUACAUCCAAUAGUGGUAGCCAUUUACAGUGAGUACAUCCAAUAGUGGUAGCCAUUUACAGUAAGUACAUCCAAUAGUGUUAGCCAUUUACAGUACGUACAUCCAAUAGUGGUAGCCAUCUACUGUGAGUAGGCAACAGUUGUAAAAAAAAAAAAAGUUACACAUUUACAGCCAGAACACCCUCUCAGUGUAAUGAAGUAGCCAUUCCGUCACAACCACAAAUAUCACAGGGAUUCAAAAAUUAAUUUUCUAACUCAUGCUGUGAUUCAGGGGGGUUUAACAUGUUGUUUUUUUUAGGGGUAGUAGGAUUAGAUUUAGUCCACCGGGCGCCAAAACUAAACAUUCUUCCACGAGUCGACGUCAAUAAAAUGUGCGGUUUCGUUUCAGACAAUGGGAGGAUUGAAUACUCCGAGUUCAUCAGAAUGUUGGAGAGUUCCGGAUGCAAGAGCAGGCAAGAGGAAGAAGAAGAGCUUAAAAGGGCAUUCAAGUAAGUUAGAGUUACAGCCCCUUGUUUUCGGUGCCUGCCGCUUCGUUCUCGAGCGAUCAUUUCAAUUCUGACGACAUUGCUGGUUACAAGAAAUACUCUUUCAUGAAUUACACCUUCUGGCACCUACAUCUAUUUUUUUUUUAAAUCAAGAUCCUUAGAAGUAGCUGUUUGAUCUCAUAUCCUACAGUGUAGGGUUUUGAAUAUAAUUACCUUAUUAACUCGUUGACCUUCCCAGCAUAGGAGUGCGCAAAUUGGUUAUACUAUUAUUCAAUGGAGCCCCGCUAUAAUGUGCAUUCAGAUAUAAGGCGGUCAUGAUCUGGCUCUCAAAACUAACUUUAUAAAUUCAUUUGUACACUAAUUUUUUAACGGGUGGUUGGGGGGUGGGGGUGGAGAGAGAGAGCGAGAGUAUGAAUACAGAGGCAUGGGAAGGUGUGGGACGGUCCGCCCUAUAGGCGACACUUUAUUCUUAAUAUUUAUAUUAAGGGACGGCAUAUUCGUCCAAAUGCCUAUUUCUUCGAGGAAGGCAGCAAAAUCUUGGCUUGUCCCUGGCGACACUGACACUAGCCAAGCCAAUGCAUUAAUUUUAAGAAAUAUGAAGAAAAAAAGUGUAUAUACAACAGAGCUCACGACAAGAUUAAAACCUCAGAUAAAAACACACACACACAAAAGUCCUCUCUUCCUACAAUUUAAAAAUACCAACGCUACGAUGUAAAAACCCCCCAUUAAUGUGACCCCGCUAGUAUCGCAAUCCGAUUUUGUGCCGCGUCCAAAUACUUCAUUGUAAGUUGAAGCGUGGCUUCACUGUCUUUAUAUUUAUAUUAUGUUUUUCUGGCAUCCGUCCGUCAUAAUGUGACGAUGGUGUAGACUUCGCAGGAGGAAAUCACAAGGCCUGGGAUUUUAGCGUAGGUUCCCUAAACAGCAGAUCACCUCUCUCCCCGCAUCUGGAUAUACCAAGGGAGCAUCAUGUGUGGAUGGUACAGCUUGGCACCGGUUGCGUCGCAGGAGUGUCCGGCAUGUUCAUACCGCCUACGGGACUCCAUCUCCGGGGUUUGAAUUCAGAGUUUGCCUUCUCUUAGAUGAGUUGCCGUCCAAGGUUAACGAGUCACAUCCAUCCGGGGUGCUGGGGACGUUUGCUUGUCCGGCCUUUGGUGCUGGGUGGACGAUCUUUUUUUGGUGCUGGGUGGACGAUCUUUUUUUGGUGCUGGGUGGACGAUCUUUUUUUGGUGCUGGGUGGACGAUCUUUUUUUUGUGCUGGGUGGACGAUCUUUUUUUUGGUGCUGGGUGGACGAUCUUUUUUUGGUGCUGGGUGGACGAUCUUUUUUUGGUGCUGGGUGGACGAUCUUUUUUUGGUGCUGGGUGGACGAUCUUUUUUUGGUGCUGGGUGGACGAUCUUUUUUUGGUGCUGGGUGGACGAUCUUUUUUUGGUGCUGGGUGGACGAUCGGUCUAAAAUGACUAAUUCCAAAACCUCGUGGUCUAGAGUUCAAUCCCCAAUAUAUAUAUCAUCAUUACUAUUUUUAAUGUAAUCCAUAAGUUGUUUAUUUAGCGCGAAUGCAAUUAAUAAAUUGUCUUUUCCAUGCUCAGGGUAUUUGACAAGGACAACAACGGAUUCAUUACAGCGCACGAGCUGAAGACGGUGAUGACGUGCCUGGGCGAGAAAAUGACCGAUGAGGAGGCCGACCAGAUGCUCCGAGAGGCAGACAGCAACGGGGACGGCAAGGUGGUGUACAAGGAGUUCGUUAAGAUCAUGACGGCGAAGCACUGAGCCUCGGUUUCAUCUACAUGACGGUUUUUUUGUUUUUUCUCUUUGACUUUUUUUUCUACGCGGUAAAGAAGGACCAUAAAGACAAAGGAUUUUUGUAAUGACCAAUUUUCAGCCCACAUUUUUCGUGUUGUACUGCGAGGACGAAUUGGAUUGAGAGUAUGAGUUGUUGUUUUGUUUGGUACUUAUCAUCAACACUUCUAAACAACAUCAUUUGUGCAUGCUUUCAUUUAAGUUCAUGUGUAUGCAUGUCAUGUUGUCGCAUCACUUGUAUUUGUAAGUUGUUCAAUUUUUUCAAAGCAAAAAAAAAAAAUGUGUUGGAAUCAUUAAAAUGAAAAUAUUCAUUAAGAUAUAUAUAUGUUGUUUUCAUCUUCGAUUUUUCCCGUAAGAUGUAAAUUUACUGUCACUGCUAAUGCUUCCUCCUUGUGCCAAGUUUUGCGGCGAAAAAAAAAUGAGAUGUGACUUCAAAGUGCCUCUUUGGUUUUGUUUGGCAUCGAUAAGCCUGUUCAUGUGACAGGUGGGAGGAGUCAUGUGACAGGUGGGAGGAGUCGCAGAAAAAAAAGAAGAAGGGGGUGGGGGAGGGGGGUCUGAUAUUGGUUGGAUUCGAACCCAUGACAAAAAGUUUACUUUUCAUAAAGCUUACUAACUUAAUUUUUUUUUCUUUUUUUCCCAUAGAUUUUCUGCGAUAUUUUUAAAUGGUUCAACUAAAAAGACUAAUUAAAAAAACAUAUCAGGGGUUGAUUCAAAUUGUGGUGCUCCAACUAAAUCUGUUCAGAUAUCAUGGGCAUAAGACAACAAAUGAUAAACUAUGAAUGUCAUUAUUUUCCUUGGGCGUAAAGCAUGAAAUUUAUCACCAUGGCAUUGAGACUACACAAACAAUAUCAUAUGACAAAUGUUGCUUCCUGGCCAUAAACUGUCUCCACAGGCUUGUGAUGCUGGUGGAUGUAUAUUUACUGGAUGGUAUGGUUGAAGUCAACUGAACAAAAAAAAACAACAACUGAAGUUAUGUUAAUUUAAACUAAUUAUAUUUUUAAAAAUCUGUAGACAUGAGCAGAUAGUAUGUUUAAGUUUUUGGGAGAUUGUUACUCAAACUGACAACUGAACAUUUUCACACACCACUAGUCUUGUAUGUGACAGUUCCGAGUGAUGGUAAUUGUUCAAAGAUGUUCUCUAUGCAUGCUCAUUAGCUGAAAGAUUAAAAUGACUACUUACUUAUGCCUUUCUUACAGCAUAGAGGGGCAUCUUGGGGCAUAGGCCGUUUACAAGAAUGAAAUGAAAAUGAACAUCCGAACAAAACAGUUUCAGGAACAGAUAAUGUAUUGUUGGUACACUUCUUUAGUUGUGGUGUGUGUUCAAGCCUGUGCACAUAUGCUUAGAAUACAGAUGGGGGAAAUCUUGGCACUCGAUUCAUCUAAUUUUUGUCAAACAAUAGACAAGUUUGCAGCCAUGUUCUUCACUCUUCAGGGAAUAAACAUGCGUUUAUUUUUAAAACAAUCUUUUUUUUCUUCUUCCUGCACCAAUUUGUUUUCAUAAUUGUGUAUCAAUUAUUUGAAUGGCUUUGAC